CGUAACAGUUGCACUUGGAUAUCAGCCCUUUGUGUACCAUUUUCUCUUCAAACGAGCCCAUCGACCCCCCGCACUGAGGAGCGUGGUUGUCCCCCACCGCCCUCUGCUCUCGUCUGCCCUUCUUCGCCUCUUCUCUGCUCUUUUCUCUUCCUCUCUCCCCCCGCCGUCAUGCCGGCCAUGCCGGAGGAGAUCUUCGGCCUGGACGCUGCCCUGCUGAUGGGCCUGGUGACCAUCAUAGUCACUGAGUGCCCACGCGCCGCGGUAAGCUGCAUGCAUGGGCUCUUCUUCUGUAUUGGAUGCUUUUGCCAUUGCAGACCGCCAGCCAGUGGCUGUGGGGCGGUCUCUGGAAAAGCGUCAAGUAUGCGGCACACAUGCGGUAAGUACCUAAAGCAGGACGGCUGCAACACUUACAAAUUGCAUGGCAUUCCUUCGUGUGGCCCUCUCCGUUGCCUUUCAGUAAGUCCAUCACCCCGAGGUCCAUCGCCGACACCAUCACGGCGGCCAUCACGAUGUAUGCCGCGGGCAGCAUCGUUCUGGACGCCUUCAGCGGCGUGGGAGGCCAGAGUGUCUCCCUCGCCGUGGCAGGGCUGACGGUGUUUGCAUGCGACAUCAACCAAACCAAUGUCGACCACACCAUGCACAACGCCCGCGUCCACGGUAAGCGGGAGAAGCGGCGGCUCCUCUUGAUCAGAAUGCACUCAUUGAGUUGCUGUCGCUCUGAAUGCAGGUGUGGCUGAGAGGCUCCGGAUGGUGUGCGGCGAUUACUUCGCCCGCAUCGCCGGCCUCGCCGCCAAGUGGAUUCCCAUCGGCAGGAAAUUCGGCGCCAUUCACGUCGACAUGCCCUGGGGGAAGGCCUAUGAAGAGGAGAUAUACCCACUCCACCGCAUGGGCGACGGCACACUGGUCCGCACUGCACUAAUCUAAUGGAUGACAAACAUGCAUUUCUCAUUUCCUUUAUGGCGUGUUGGUGUCUGUGGCUUCACUGCAGAGUGCCUAUGAUGUGUUGGAGGCGGUGGCGCCGCUGAGUGACAGCUUCGUGUUCAAAUGCCCCCGAAAUGUGGCCAUCAGGGAUGCCGUACGUCAGACGUCAUUCGUGUGUGUGGAUGGAUGGAUGGAUGGAUUGUUCCUCUGUGUGCCCUUGGUGCCUGCAGGUCAAAUUGGCCUAUCAUGUGCAGUCCAUCAAGGGCGGCGCGUCCACACACACUGUCGCCAUGCCGCUGGUAGAGGUAUUCGUCAGCGGAGAUAAGACCGUCAUGGCGGUCAUCUAUAUCGGCGACAUCGCCGCUAAGUAAGACAGACACAGACACAGACACAGAGACGCAACAUCAUGGACCAUCUAUGUGUGUGUGUGUGUGUGUGCAGGCGGCUGGAGGACAUCGCGCCCCCUGCCCGUGUGGUGGACCUCACGCACAAGCGGUGGACAAUCGAGCAGUGUGCCAAGAGUAUGCUGUCUCGCGGCAAGCGGGUGGGCUGCGCUAACGUGGCCUUCGCCCCCUUCGCAUAAGUAACGUCCAACGCGCCACGCCAAACGAGCGGCGACGCGACGAGACACUCCGUCGGCCGGUAGCGAGCGCGUCAACAGACAGGAGCGCAUGCAUGUAUCCGUGUGUGUGAAGGAUUGGAUUUUUCUGAAUCG